GGGGGCUGCGUGGGGGCGCGCGCGGCGCGGCUGCGCGCAGGGUCGGUGCGGCGGUGCAUUGUGGGAUACCGCGGCCCGGGCAGGCUGCGUUGGAGCCGCGGCAGCGCCAUGGCCUCGAGCAGCGGCACCGACGUGAUCCAGGUCACCAACGUGUCCCCCAGCGCCAGCUCCGAGCAGAUGCGGACGCUCUUCGGCUUCCUGGGAAAGAUCGAGGAGCUGCGCCUCUUCCCCCCCGAUGACUCUCCUUUGCCUGUUUCAUCGCGUGUCUGUUUUGUAAAGUUCCACGACCCCGACUCUGCAGUUGUGGCCCAGCACCUGACAAACACUGUAUUCGUUGACAGAGCCUUGAUAGUCGUUCCCUAUGCAGAAGUGAAGCAGCCGACACGAGUCGUUGUUCAUAAAACAGCUUUUGAAAGUUGAGAGCACACCCCUGGAGAACCGACUGUGCUUGCUUACGUUUGGUUCAUGACUUAAAAAUCGAGUACAGGAGUCAUUCCUGAUGAGACUAAGGCUUUGUCUCUCUUGGCACCAGCUAAUGCUGUGGCAGGUCUGCUGCCUGGAGGUGGACUCCUGCCCACUCCCAACCCUCUUUCUCAGAUUGGUGCUGUUCCUUUAGCUGCUCUAGGAGCUCCUGCUCUCGAUCCUGCCCUAGCUGCUCUUGGGCUUCCUGGAGCAAACUUAAACUCUCAGUCUCUUGCAGCAGAUCAGCUACUGAAACUUAUGAGCACAGUGGAUCCAAAGUUGAACCAUGUAGCUGCAGGUCUUGUUUCACCAAGUCUGAAAUCAGAUACCUCCAGUAAAGAAAUAGAAGAAGCUAUGAAGAGAGUACGAGAAGCACAGUCAUUAAUUUCUGCUGCUAUAGAGCCAGACAAAAAAGAUGAGAAACGAAGGCAUUCAAGGUCAAGAUCACGCUCAAGGAGGAGGAGGACACCUUCUUCAUCUAGACACAGACGGUCCAGAAGCAGAUCCAGGAGAAGAUCCCAUUCAAAAUCCAGAAGCAGGAGGCGAUCAAAAAGUCCGAGGAGAAGAAGAUCUCACUCCAGAGACAGAAGCAGAAGGUCUAGGAGCACAUCCAAAUCCAGGGAUAAAAAGAAGGAAGAGAAAGAAAAGAAACGUUCUAAAACUCCCCCCAAAAGCUACAGCACAACGAGACGAUCAAGAAGCACAAGCAGAGAAAGACGACGUAGAAGAAGCAGGAGUGGAUCACGGUCACCCAAAAAGCCCAGGUCUCCUAAAAGGAAAAUGUCCAGGUCCCCAUCUCCAAGAAGGCAUAAAAAGGAAAAGAAGAAGGAUAAAGACAAGGAGAGAAGCAGAGACGAGAGGGAGAGGUCAACAAGCAAGAAAAAGAAAAGCAAAGACAAAGAGAAGGAUCGAGAACGGAAAUCAGAGAGUGAUAAGGAUGUGAAAGUCACAAGGGAUUACGAUGAAGAGGAGCAAGGGUAUGACAGCGAGAAGGAGAAAAAGGAGGAAAAGAAACUGGCAGAUUCUUCCUCCCCUAAAGUAAAGGAAUCUGCUGGGGAUAAAGGAGGUGGAGACUCAGCAAGGGAGUCCAAAGUGAACGGGGAUGAUCACCACGAAGAGGACAUGGAUAUGAGUGACUGAACUUUGCCUUUGCAGUGACCGGAGCUGCAGACGUGCAUCAGUGUCAUUCCUGUGUGAUUCUUUUAUGCUGUACUUGUUAAUCCUAAAUCUAGAUGUAUACAGCUCUCAGCUAUACCUGGUUUGUAAAUCUCCUGAUACUAACUUGCCUCCAAAGCUUUCUAGAGAGGUAAUCAUUCUCCUUACGGCCCAAAGGGAUUGCUAGCCAAGCAACUUCUACUAACUUGGUGAUGCUUCGAGCAAAAGUAAAAAAGCUGCAUGCAUCUACCUACAGCAGGCAUGGACUGUUUGUUGUAUGAUCUCCUGUAGUAUCAGCUCACUUAUGAUAGUGUUCCUAGACUUUGAUUCAUUGCAGUAAUAGAGCAGUAUAGGGAAUGCACUGACUGCAUGUUGAUCGUGGCAGAAACAUCCUACAUGUUCCAAACCCCACAGCAUAUGGUGGAGCUACUUAAGGGUCUUAAGUGUGACUACACAAAAAAAAAAAACCACAAAAAAGACAAAACAAAUUUAGCCUACAUCUGAAAAUAAGCAUUCUGAUAGUUUUUAAUUUCUUGGGAUUUUUUGUUUGUCUGUUUUCUUAAAGCCAUGUGGCUGGGCUUGGUUUGGUUUUUUUUCCCCGGUGGGUUUUGUUUGGCUUUGCAGGAGUUAAAAUGCACUGACCUUUUUGAGGGCUUUUCUUUUUAAUCUGUCAGUUCCAAUCCAUCUCAGGCUGGCUGUAAUAGUUUGUAACUUUUCCUCUUGAGCCUUGGGAAGAGCUCUGCUCAAUCAGUGCCCAGUGAUUAAAGGUUGCUUUGUGCAGUUCUCAUAAUAAUCCAGGUUGUUCUGUUUGUUACAGAGAUAAAGACAUGGCAAAAAGGUGGUGCAUUUUAAAUUGACCAUGGUAUGCUUUUAAAAGCAAGUCUACUUGAUAAUGUACUUUUUACUUGAUCUCAAGUUGUAUAAACUAAUGAAUUUGUGUUUACUGUCACUGCAGUAGUAAUCUUAUGCACACAGUGAUUCCAUGUUAUAUGCAAAGUAGUUAGGCAAAGCUGUUUUCUUAGUUACAGAAGUUCAAGAGCUUUUACUUUUGUGCAGGUAAAAAAAAAAAACAAAACAAAAGACAAAAGUAGGCUGCAGUCUGUGCCAUGUUGAUGUACAGUUUCUGAAAUUGUUUUACAAGACUUUGAUAAUAAAACCCUUAAACUUAUACUCA